AUGCACAACUACCACAGCAUAUUAAUCGUACUUCUAGUUUGCCUGAUUUCAAUAUUGUGCUUUAAUGAAGCAGCAGAAAUUAAAUUCACAAAUGUGAUUUGUACGAGUCACGAUGAAUCGUGGCUUGUGAUCAACACUUGCCGACUGCGAGCUCUCAAUCGCAACAGGACAAUUUUGAACGCUAAUGCCACAUUGCUAAAGCCAAUCAAUGAAAUUAUCGUGGAUUUACAGAUUUUUCAGAAAGCUAAUGGUUACAAACCAUGGCUUUUUAAGUUCACUCUUGAUUUCUGUCGAUUUUUGAGGAAGGCAUAUAAUCCGGUUGCUAUAAUGCUUUUUAAACUGGGAAAAGAGUUUACAAAUUUCAACCAUUCGUGUCCUUAUAAGGAUGAACUAAUAAUUGAUGGCCUUUAUCUUCUCUAUGAGAAGAUGCCAAUUCCUUGGCCAGCUGGUGAAUUUUUAAUACAAAUCAAAGGAACAGCGCACAAAAAAAAACUGGUACUUGCAAAGCUUUACUUUUAUGUCAUAGAAGAUUUUUAAAAUUGUUUUUUAUGACAUUUUAAACGGUGUCUACGAGAAUUUGCAAAGAUGGGGUAUUUCUCAAUUACAAACUUA